GAAUCGCGGAGGGGGGAGAAAAACGCGGAGGUGAUUUUUUUUUUAUCAUUUUGAAUUUCUCAUAACUAAUUCACAAUUUUUUUUUUUUUUUGAGGAAGCAGUUGUGCAGUCACCUCUGUUCGGGGAGGGAAGAUUUCUGGAGCGCCAGCCUGUUUCGCAUGAGCUACAUCGUUUUUGGAGGAAAACAGGCUCAGAGGAGGUGGAGUCAUGAGUGCACAAGAGUCACCCAAUCCUGGAAAGGAGCAGGCAGAGGGUGGGAGCGCAGCCACAGAUGCCCCAGCGAAGAAGACUACUAGUUCACCACCUGUCACCGUAAAGAAGGAGCCUGGGACGUCAGAGACGAGCAACGGGAAAGUCAGUGAUCCCAAUCCUGCUGAGAUCUGUGUUGUCAUUGGAGGAAAUGGGGGAGCAAGUGGCGGUGGAUCCCGUCGAGCUCAGUCCGAGGGUAUGUUUGCCCUUGGUACUCCUCCUCCAACGAAGAGCACAGACUCGUGCAUAGGUUCAUAUGUAUGUGGGGUAUGUGGGAAAAAGUACAAGUAUUACAACUGCUUUCAGACACAUGUCAGGGCGCACAGAGAAUCAGACGCCAUGGUUGGCGAUGGUCUACCCCAAACACCCAACAGUAGCUUCCGUUACUCCUGUGACAUCUGUGGAAAGAAGUAUAAAUACUAUAGCUGCUUUCAGGAGCAUCGUGACCUGCAUGCAGUUGAUGAUCCAUACGAACAGGUGGUGCUACCUGUGGAUGGCCUUAAAGAAGAGGAGCCAGUUGAACCCUAUCAGAAAAUUGGACCAAGGGAAAAAGCACUCGCCCACCUCUACAGAGACAGCGGGUUCAGCAGACAGCAGCACGUGCCCCUUAAAACACUAUUGGCAGUGUUUGCAGAAACUGGGAGCUAUGUUUGUGAAUUCUGUGGGAAGCAGUACAAGUAUUUCAACCCGUACCAGGAACAUGUUGCUCUUCACACGCCAAUGGGUUCAUUUGAUUUGAAGACAUCACGGGUACAGGAAUGUGGUAGCAUGGAUAUGAGUAAAUUUGGCCACAGCCAAACUGGAAAGAUAAAAAACAGCCCAUUCAGGCGGAAACUGGAAAGUGCAAUUCAGUCCAGUCUGGUUGACACAAACAGUUCACAGAACUCGAGCGGAACGCCAAGCCCUCUGGUGGCCACUUCUUUCUCUACAGCACAGAAACCGUACACUUGUGGUGCCUGUGGCAUCCAGUUCCAGUUCUACAACAACCUGCUGGAGCACAUGCAGUCCCAUGCUGCUGAUAAUGAGAACCACACCAAAGGGGACUCUCCCAAAACCUCUUCAGUAUCGGGUCCUCAGGAGCAGCUGUGGAGAGGCUCUCAGGCUCAGGCCCAUUCCUCAGUUAAACUACAAAUCCAGCCUCAAAGUAUCUCCCAGAGAAACCAUGCUCUCACCCAGAAUAAUGGACUACCUGAGAAGGAGCGCCAGCAGGUGGCUGAACGCCUAUUACGGGUAAUGUGUUCAGAUCUGAGCAUGCUAAAUGUGCUCAACAGCAAGGACUUCCUGAAGUUGGCACAGACCCUAGUGGAUACGGGUGCUCGUCAUGGUGCCUACUCAACCCGUGAUGCUCUUGGCAACAUGAGUGCCUUGGCACUGCGGCAGCUGCCCCGCAUGUACAACCAAGUAAAAGUCAAGGUCACGUGUGCUCUAGGCUCAAAUGCUUCGCUUGGCAUCGCCGUCACCUGCCACUCCCAGACAUCUGGCCCAGACGCUUGCUACGUUCUAACAGCCUACCAGGUGGAGGGCUCGAGACUGAAGCGUUACGUGCUUGGUGUAAGGGAGGCUGAGCUGAGGGAAGGGCCAGAACAGGUUCAUCACUGGGUGCAGAACGUGCUUUCUGAGUUUGUGAUGUCAGACAUCCGCACUGUGUAUGUCUCUGAGCCCAGAGUGUGGGCGGCAGGAUUUGGAGGGUCACCACUGGGAGGCGGGGGCCGGGGGCGGAUAUGUUUGCGCUGCACAGGAUGCUCACUCGGUGCGGUUGUUCAGGCCGUUCUUGGGAAGCGAAGCCUCCAGGCUCGAGGGCUUCAUGAGCUGGCUGAGCUUCUCUCCACAUGCAGAGAUAUCUCCUCCUCUACCACACUCGUUCUCCGUGAUGAACAGUGUACCAACACAUCCACAAGCACAACUGAGGAAGGUCCACAGGGCAACCCUGCACAAUGCCCCACCCCUCCUUGUUGGGAUCGUAUGGCCGAAGCUCUCCUGCAGGUCCAUGCCCACUUUGAACAGAUUUGUGAGGCUUAUGGCCGCAGUAAGGCCACAGCCCCGAUCCUCCAAGGUCUCAACAAGCAUCUGCUAGGCACCCUGGCUUGUCUGCUGGCACCUCUGCGCCUGGCAGCUCUGGAGCUGAGCAGCCAGAGGAGACCAACUUUACAGCAGGUGCUGCCUGUCUACCUGCGCUUGGAGAAAUUCUUCACAUCCAAAGCUGGAGAGGCUGGAACCGGCACAGCUAGCAAACUCUGCCACUAUUUCCUAGAAGCACUCAAGGAAAACUUCAAGGUUGAACGAGCUCACCAGGUUGCUAUGGUCCUGGACCCACAGCUCAAGCUGCGUUCAGUGCCAGCCUACCAGCAUGAAGACAUAAUCUCUCGUGCGUGCGAAAUGGCUGCUGAAACUAGGGAUGGUGGUAUCACUGGCGGUGGAGGUUCAGGUGGCGACGAGCGGGACGCCGAUGGCCCCCCCACUCCUAAAAUAAGCCGAGUAGAGGGAAGUGGAAACAAUGGUGGCCCCUCACGCGGGUCCUCCUCAUCUUGCACCGUGUCUGGUAACGAUGACAGCCAAAGCCAAGUUAGACAAGAGAUUUUUCAAUACCUGGCUGAGCCUCUCCUCCAAGGUGCACCCGAUCUCUUCCAGUAUUGGAGCUCAACAGUGGGCGAGAAGUUCCCCAGGCUCGCUCGCCUGGCACUGUGGCUACUUGCAGUGCCUGCUGUGGGCAUACGCAGAGAGUGCGUGACUGUGUGUGAGCAGAGCUUGGCUAUGAAGAGGAGGCAGCAGGUAACUGCUGAGGAAAUGAACAAACUAAUUUUCCUUCACUCUAACAUGGGCUAGAAGAAAACCUAACUAACCUAAUCAACCAAACCUUCACCUCCAACCAAUGACUCAAGACUAUUAUUUAUAUAUUUUAGGUUUAGACUAACUGUAAACAUAAAUGUGUAUGGACAUUAAAUACUUCUCGAGACAAAUAUUUAAAGAUAAAGUCACAUUGUUAAGGUUGCAAACACCCAUAAAACAAUACGGCGUAUUACAUAUUUUUUAUGGAGUUGUUAAGUACUGUGGCCAAAAUGUAGGGGUGGAACAGUAACUCUCAAAAGAUUGUCCUGUUUGGUACUCUGCCCUCGGUUUGGGAUGCACACAUAAGCAGGAUGAGUUUAGUCUUGUCACAGCCAGUGAUUUGAUUUACUCCAGCCUAUUAACUAAACUACUACAAGGCUACAAUGCUGUUAUUCUCACUGGAUGACAACAUUUUCAGGUAAAGCAUUCAUUGCUUGAAGCUCCUGUCAUAGACCUCUGAAAAUUGACUGUCAAAGUUGACCAGGUAUUUACAAUCUCUAAAGUAAUAUUCAUUGGUGUAUGACAAAAAAAAAUCAAGCGGUGGAUCUUCACUGCCAUUGCACCUCUGACAAAUAGGUUUAUCAUUUAUUAUCACAAGUCAUAGAAAUGUUUAUUUUUCAGCACAUUCAGCCACGGGCAGGUAACUGAGAGCUUAAUCAUUGCAGUUGACUUUGAUGGUUGCAUCAGUGUCCUAAAAUGUAGCUGCAGAUGAUUCGCAUGCAGUGCAUGCAACUUUUUCAUUUAAAAAAGUAAAAAGUAGCAGAAAAACACAGACAAAACAAGUGUGAUGCUUUUCUUUUUUUAUGUUACCAAUGGUAAAGAAAAGUGAUCCAACGUUUUGUUUUCAUUCUAGAUACAAGUCUUAUGCUGCUAGAUAUAAAAGUCAAACUCACUGACUUGCACAGAAGAGACGAAAUGAUAAACUUGAUCUUUGGUGGACUUUUCUUUACAAGUGAUUUUCAUACAUCUACAAAGAGGAAAACAUCACAUUAGAAUCUGUUUGUGGUUCGAUUUCAUUCAGCUGUACCAUAUCCUAACAGGCAGUUAAAAAAACGUGAUUAAUCCGUACAUUAUAUCGAGCAGUGAUAGUCAAAAGGGUCACAUAAUGCUAUCUCAUUGUUAGUUUCCAGUACUGCUACAUCACUCAGCUCUGUAGCCGAUUAAGAAUUGCGUAAGUUGUUUUUACACUGAAGACAUUUUACCUUUGCAUUUCCCUCAGAUGAAAGGCUGUCGCUUGGAGGCAAAAUGCUAAUUGAUACUUGCAUAAAUCUUUGUUUGCACCUAUAAGUCUAUUUUUUUUUUAAGCUCAGUCUGAAAAGACUUGUCAGUAGGGACUUAUGCGCUUCGCAUUUAUAAUUUCAUAUAUACAUGCUGUCUUCCUUUUGUGAGCUACACGUUUCCAUUUUUAAGGCAAUAAGCUUUAUCCACAGGCCAUAGUUUUUCCGACUGUUCUCAUCACACUCCUACAGUUAAUUAUCAAGGAUAAACUCUUUCAGUUAUUUGUUUGUAAAAUCAAUGGGAUUUUCUCAGGAAUGACCAUAUCCAAGAAGGCACCGCCACUUUUCCUCACUGUACCGAAAAGAAACCAAACUGUGACCUCAAUGCCGAGGUACGUACUGAACCGUGACUUUUGUGAAACGUUCCACCCCAAAUACAGUUAGUGCCAGUCGCAACAAACAAGAGAAGAAACACUGAGGGUUUAUUUUUUACAGGACAAAUUCUGCUUGUGCAUUUACUAAAGUCAACGCAUGCAUAUGUCAAGUUAUUUAUUUUUUUAUGGAUCCUAGUAUACAUACACUUGAGCUUUUACCUCCUAAAAUGACUUGGAUGAAUGGAAGCUAUACUGUAAAUCUUGUUUGUUGCUUCUGGUACUAAUUAGUCGAGUACUGGUUUGUUAUCUCUGUUUUUUGGGCCUUAAGUCUCUUUCAUGCAAUCACCUUAAAUCCUACAGUCAGAGCCAACAUCAUGCCUUUAUAUUACUGUUUAAUGGCCUUCUUUACUUUUUCUUUUAUUCGCAUAGAAAGGGAAACAAAGCAGUGUCCCAGUGCUCAAACGACUCAUGGACAACCACUGUACUUUUAAAGUGCUCGUUGUCAAAAUGUCAGAUUAACUGAGCAUGUGUGCUUUCAUCUUUUUCAUUCCCACGAGGUCAGUAAUAAUCUUUACAGUAGCACAGUAUCCACAUGUAACAAGUAUCCACUGUAUAAACGUAUACUGAAAUGACUCAGUGGUAGAUAUCAGAGACUCUUUUUGAAAAUUGUCAUUUGGCUGAUUUUAUUUGUAUUUUAUUUUGUUUUAGGGCCUCGGGCUACAUCACCUGCCUCUUAAAUGCUAACAGCCAACCUAAAUAUCACUUUAUUACACGAUUAAGAGUAAAAAACAAACAAACAGUGUAUGAUUUAAUUUUUUUUUGCCCAACUUUAAGCCCUCGGGCAACUUCAGGUACAGACAUACAUGUGUUCCCUCUCAGUAUUGUGUCUCGUUCAUUUCAGCUGCUGCUUGUGUACGACAGGUCCAUUCAAACAUUCAUUUCCUGUUUCAGUGUCACUUUUGACCUUGAAUCGGUUCAUUUUUCCGGCCAAUCGAAACACUGACACACUGUAUUUGGAACUGAUGUCACUACUCUGAUGCUUCUGCAUAUCGUGCUUAUUGACUGAAAGGCUGCCCCGUCAUCCUCGUAGCGAUCGAUGCUAAUCAUCCGCAUUUGAACCUAAAGAUCACGUCCUUUUUCGAGGGUUGGUGAAGGGCAGUUUACAGUUAAAUAUAAGGUUAAUGUGACUGUAACCUUUUAGUUUGUGAAGAAUGACAGAAAAAGACACGCAAGAAAAGAGAGGGAGCAACUAUCAGAUUAUGGUUGGACAUCGGAUUCUUUUAUUACACCAGAAUGCCCUUUUUACUUAUGUCAUAACAUUUGUCAUCUUUGUUUUAGUGGCAUUAAAACUUUAAAACCCUUAUGUCAAUUAAAGGUCAAAGGCUCUGCAUUACAAACUGUUCAUAACUACACAAGAUGUUUUUUAAUAGACUGUAGCCCUCCUUACCUCCAAGCUUUGAUUUAGUAUUUCAUAAAUGCUUUUUUCCCCAUAAUGGUUUUCUUAAUAUAUCUAAUGUGUUUUUUUUAAAUAUAUAUAUUUAUAUAUUUUGGUAAAAAAAAAUCAAAAAAAAAGAAGAGGAAGAAGAAGAAAAAUUGCUGUAAAUUGUAUUUAAUUUUUUAAUUACCAAUCCAAUGUUUUACCUCAGUACUCAGAAGGUAGUGUUGUAAUUUAAAGAUUGGAAAUCAGAUGUUCAUACAAAAAUUUAGGCUCGUCAAAGACAUAGUCAAAAUACUGUACAAUGAUUUGUGGUUUCAAGUUAUCCUCAACUGAAUGAUGAAGGGAUUUUUUUCUUAGAGUUUUUAAAUAAGUAUUUUCAAUAGGAUAUGCUCUGGGACAAAAUGCCAUUGUUGACGUAAUGAUGUCAACUUAAUUUUCUGUAGAAAUAGCGUUCUUUUGUUGAUUAAACGAGUAUAUCUAAGAUAUGCAUGCUUUUAAUAAGAGUUCUGAUAUAUAACGUUAUAAGCCAGUGUCUGUCAUCAGAUGGAAAUGAAUCAUAUUGGCUCUCAGUUGAUGUUUAAGACACUCAUUAGGAGUUGGAUAAGCAACCCCGGACUGAAUUCUAACCUUUCAAGGUGGGAGUAGCUGUGCUGAUUGUGGACUGGUGUUAAUGGGUUGACAUCAUCCAUUUUCAGAGGAUGUAUUAUGUAAAUACAAGAGAACUGCUGUUUUUAUGCCACAAGGGGGCACCUUCAUUUCAGAGAUAAAGUAGGGAGCACCAAUAACAUUAUACCUCUUUUUCUACAGUAGCAUUUCAGAAGGUUUUGAUAUAAUAGAAAACUCAACUUAGAUACUGUUACUAGAAAACUGAAAUCAGCUGUAAGUUUUAUUUUGUUUCAGGAUUUUAACUUAUUCAGAUAAUAAAAGUUCGGUUGUUAAAAUGUGGUAUAAGAAUGCUAACAUGGAGAUCUGUUCUGUUUUAACUAUGGAUUAUAGUCUGUAUUAUCAAUUCAGGUUAAGAAAUUAGUGUUGCUUUCAUCCUAUUUUACAGGUAUUUCUUCCUUUUUAUACUCUGCUAAAACGCAAAAAAAGUAUGUUUUGAUUCUCUUCAUUUUGUCUUUUUAUCGCACUUUGGCAGCAUUUUCCUGUGUAGAUUCAGAUCUGAGUUGUCUUAUUAGUAAACCUAAUUUAUACUUUUGUAGCAACACUAUUUUUAUAUAAUGGCAAAGAAAGGGUUCGGUGUCUUUUUCGUUGUUUUUGUUUUGUUUUUUCCUGUGUCAUAUGACAGCGCUGUUCAAUGUUUCUUGAAUACAUUACCCACUGUAGUAUGUUAUGUGUGAAUAAACUCCAAA